AUGGCUCCUUCAAAAAACCUAACUACACAACAAACAACGCAAAUAAUGCAAAGGCUACUUUCAGCAUUAAAUAAAAAGGGCAAACCAGUGCUAGGCAUAAUCAAUGCACUUGCCACUAAGUUUCAAGUGUGUAGGAAAACAAUCACACGAUUGUGGAAUGAAGUGAAGAAGCAAAUCAAGAAUAACAACACAGGUAUUAACCUCAACAGCAAGAGAGUAGGAAGAGAUGCGCCAAACAAAAUCGAAUUUGAUGAAGAAAAAUUUAAGGCCAUCAAAUAUGAACUCAAAUGUACUCAACAUUCAAUUGCUAAGCAGAUGGAGGUGUCACAGACCAUAAUAUGUAGAUGGAAGAAGAGCAGAGUCAUAAGGAAGCACACAAACGCAAUCAAACCAACUUUGAAUGAGAAUAACAAGCUACACAGGUUAAGUUUUGCGUUAUCUAAAUGUAAAUAUGAUGAACAUAAUGAUGCAUUAAAGUUUAAGCCAUACACUAACGUUGUUCACAUAGAUGAAAAACACUUUUAUCUAACCCGAGAGACACAAACUUAUUAUCUAGCUCCGGGUGAAGUAGAACCACAUAGAGAGUGUCAAUCAAAGAGGUUUAUUCCAAAAAUCAUGUUUAUGUGUGCUGUUGCAAAGCCAAUAUUUACAAUUGAUGGUGAUGUUUUUUUUUAUGGUAAGAUAGGCAUUUGGCCAUUUAUUACAUAG